AUGCCCAUUACGCACCCGUCCGACGGCUUCGGCUUCGGCACGCGGUGUCCAUGGUACUGCCCCUCCCCGGGGUCCCAUGGCGCAAGAGUUCGGACCUUCGCCUUCCAGUUUCACCUCAGCAACGUCACCUCGCCUCGCUUCGCUCGGCUCGGCUCCCCCCAACCCUAA